AUGGUGCCGAUCGUGAGGGGUCCGUCGUCUGCCGCUGAGGAUGGUGAGGCUGGCGGUGACACUGAGCCUUCUUGUGAGUCUCGCGCGGUGCCAUCUUUGAUCAGGCCGCGUCCGUCCCGCGCUUUUGUUUCGGCGGUCCUCGCCAGAAAGAAGGACUCCUGGUCCGAUUUGGCGGCCUUGCCCUUCAGCCUCUGUGACAUGGUGGAGCGAGGAGUGAUGGUUAGUGCUCGUUAGGUCGCUUAUUUUGCUCCAAAGUGCCUAAACCCACGGGAGCUUCAGGAGUGUGCGUCCAUUCAGCUCCGGCACCUGGCCACGCCCCCCAAUUAAUAACUUUUUUGACAUGCGUUUUUCAGAAUUUUUUUUUUUAAAUUCUGUCUCUCACUGUUAAAAUACAUUAAAAUUAUAGACUGAUCAUUUCUUUGUCAGUGGGCAAACAUUUAAAAUCGGCAGGGGGUCAAAUACUUUUUUGCCUCACUGUACUGUAUUGUACUUAUUUGCCUCACUUUUUUUGCCAAACUGAAAAUGGAAUUGAAAUGGAAUUUUUAUUUUUAAUUCAACAAUUUUGGCCUAGAGCUUGAAAUUCACUUUGAAUGCCCAGCAAUACUUCUGUGUAUGUUUUAUUGAUAUUUACACAUUUCCAUUUGAACCCUACGGGAUGUCAACGCAUUGUAAUAAUAUGGCAGUUACUGUAAUGUAGACUAGAGGAAUGUGGAAAGGAAUCUCGUUCAACAUAUCUAAAAAUUUACAUUUCAGAUCAUUAUGUGCUUUAGCAGGCUGUACAGUCACAGUAUCAUCUCGGAAAAAUAUCUAGAUAAUACGUUUUUAUUGGUGCCCUCGAGCAAAGCUAAAAAUUAUUGCUGUUUAUUGGCAGAUGGUUAAUAUGCAAAAAUGGAAGAUUUGUUAAAGUGUCAAAAGUUUUUUUUGCACAAUUUAUUAAAUCUGUCUGAUAUUUAAUCAAUUGCUUUUUUUUUUAACUUUUUAGAACGCUUUGAUCAAGAUUCCAUAUUUGCAGUGAAAUUGAUUUAAUUUACUUUAUUUAUUGUAGAUACUUCCUAUGAAGUAGUUAUAACAACAGAAAACAAUCUGACUUUUACGGAUGCUAAUACAAUCUGUGACAGCUAUGAUAAAGCAGCCCUGGCCAGUAUGGUACAAGUCAGCACGGCAUAUCUUAAUGGACUUGAGGUUUGCAAGUAAGAUUUACUGAUGUGGAUGUAAAAUCAUUUCUGUUAUUAAAGGCUCCAUAUCUGUCUACUAAAUGUAUGUUUGAGCGCUAAUCCAGGGAUUGCCAUGACUCAUUGUAUUAAAGUAAAUAUCACUCAUUGCACCCAAGGGCAGAGUACAGAAUAUUUGAUAGAGUCCUAACCUCAACAUAUGAAGAAAGGGAUUUAGGGGUGAUUAUUUCUGAUGACUUAAAGGUUGGCAGACAAUGUAAUAGAGCAGCAGGAAAUGCUAGCAGAAUGCUUGGUUGUAUAGGGAGAGGUAUUAGCAGUAGAAAGAGGGAAGUGCUCAUGCCAUUGUACAGAACACUGGUGAGACCUCACUUGGAGUAUUGUACGCAGUACUGGAGACCAUAUCUUUAGAAGGAUAUUGAUACCUUAGAGAGAGUUCAGAGAAGGGCUACUAAACUGGUUCAUGGAUUGCGAGAUAAAACUUACCAGGAAAGGUUAAAGGAUCUUAACAUGUAUAGCUUGGAGGAAAGACGAGACAGGGGGGAUAUGAUAGAAACAUUUAAAUACAUAAAGGGAAUCAAUACGGUAAAGGAGGAGACUAUAUUUAAAAGAAGAAAAACUACCACAACAAGAGGACAUAGUCUUAAAUUAGAGGGACAAAGGUUUAAAAAUAAUAUCAGGAAGUAUUACUUUACUGAGAGUGUAGUGGGUGCAUGGAAUAGCCUUCCAGCUGAAGUGGUAGAUGUUAACACAGUAAAUUUGUUUAAGCAUGCGUGGGAUAGGCAUAAGGCUAUCCUAACUAUAAGAUAAGGCCAGGGACUAAUGAAAGUAUUUAGAAAAUUGUGCAGACUAGAUGGGCCGAAUGGUUCUUAUCUGCCGUCACAUUCUAUGUUUCUAUGUUUCUAGAAACGUCCCCUAUCCAAAAUCCAUACAUUUCCCAAAUUAUGUUUUGCCCUAUGUGUGCUUAGAUACUGUGAUGGGAACAUUGUAGCUACACUGGCCAAAAUUAUAAACACAACACUUUUUUUUUGCCCCCAUUUUUCAUGAGCUGAACUCAAAGAUCUAAGACUUUUUCUAUGUGCACAAAAGGCCAAUGUCUCUCAAAUAUUGUUCACAAAUCUGUCUAAAUCUGUGUUAGUGAGCACUUCUCCUUUGCCGAGAUAAUCCAUCCACCUCACAGGUGUGGCAUAGCAAGAUGCUGAUUAGACAGCAUGAUUAUUGGUCCACUCCUCUUCAAUGGCUGUGCAAAGUUGCUGGAUAUUGGCAGGACCUGGAACACGCUGUCAUAUACACCGAUCCAGAGCAUCCCAAAAAUGCUCAAUGGGUGACAUGUCAGGUGAGUAUGCUGGUCAUGCAAGAAUUCCAGGAAUUCCAGGAAUUGUGUACAGAUCCUUGCAACAUGGGGCCGUGCAUUAUCAUGCUGCAACAUGAGGUGAUGGUCGUGGAUAAAUGGCACAACAAUAGUCGUCACGGUAUCUCUGUGCAUUCAAAAUGCCAUCAAUAAAAUGCACCUUUGUUCGUUGUCCAUAACAUACACCUGCCCAUACUAUAACCCCACUGCCAUCAUGGGCCACUCGAUCAACAACGUUGACCUCAGCAAACCACUCACCCACACGACUCCAUACACACUGUCUGCUAUCUGCCCUGUACAGUGAAUACCUGGAUUGAUCUGUGAAGAGAACACCUCUCCAAAGUGCCAGACGCCAACGAAUGUGAGCAUUUGCCCACUCAAGUUGGUUACGACGACGAACUGCAGUCAGGUCGGGAUCCUGAUGGAUUAUCUCGGCAAAGGAGAAGUGCUCACUAACACAGAUUUAGACAGAUUUGUGAACAAUAUUUGAGAGAAAUAGGCCUUUUGUGAGAUCAGCUCAUGAAAAAUGAGGAAAAAAAAAAAAAGGGUUGUGUUUAUAAUUUUGAUCAGUGUAUUUUAUCAUGUAUAUCAGCCAUUGAUUAUCUAGCCAUUUCUCCUUACUGGUACUGAAAUAUGUCCAUUCAUUUUUUCUUCCAUGAAUGGGGAUACAGGCCACCAAAUAGACACUCCAUCAUAAAGGUGAAUAUCAGAGAAUACGACGGAAGUUGCCAUGGCAUAUACCCACCCUGCAGAUUUAUACCAUACAAGAUCUUGUAAGCAUGUGAGUUGCAUGGCUGCCCCCUUGAUGUAUUUGAGAGAAAGGGUGGGCUGAUAGCUGCAGAGGUUAUUGUAAAUCCUUGCAGUUAUAAGCAACUAUCAAUAGGAACAGAGGAGCACCUUACACCAUGUAUGCUGUGCAAAGAGCACAGGUUCUAGUGUGGUUUUCAGAUACCCUUUUAAUUAAAACCAAACUUAAACAAAUUCUUAACAUUUCCAAAAAAAAAUCUGACUUUUACAUGGAAUAUCUUAUUGUGAUCAUUUUAAAACUCUAGGGAUGACUUAAAGGGUCAUUUCAUGUACCAUGAGCACUUCAGUGAUUUGAUGUCGUCAUGGUGUCUGAGGUCUGUAUGUGCAGCGUUAUGCUAUGAAAUGCUUCACUUAUGGAGGUUAUCUUGUCUGCUGCCAGAGGUUUGACUCCUCCUCUUGCAGCGUCUUAGGACAUCUUCAGGCAACCCAGAAUUAGUUACAGGCCAGCUAAUGUCAAUUCUGGGCAUCUUUCCAUACGCACAGAAUUGCAAUCAUUGUUUGAGAGCGGUAAUUUGAGGCUCUCCGAUAAUGGAUUUGCUGCAGAAUCAGCAUCUGUCUUCUGCAGCUCUUCAUAAUCUGAAUAAAUUCUGAUUCGAGCAGAUUCAGAGAAAAGGCAACGAUUACACUGCUGCCUGGUAACACCUCUAUUGGCAGUCACUCAGAUGGCCAGUAGAGGUGCUUCCUAGUCCAGCGCUGCAUUGUAUACAGCCCUUACAUUCAGCGUCUCCAUGAAGGUGCUGAAUGCUCCACAUAGAGAUGCAUUUAUUCAAUGUAUCUCUAUGAGAAGAUGCUGUUUGGCGCAGCGCUGCGUUUUGCAGUGCAUGCGCAAUAGUCUCCCAACACUUUCCUAUGGGAGAGCAUUGGAUUAGCUGAGCUUAUCAAGAUUGAUUAUCAAGUCAGGCUCUGCCCACGCUCCUCCCCCACCGAUGUCAGCCGGCGGGGGAGACCUAGUGCACAUGCGUGGCAAUGGCCGCGGUCGCAUUAGGAUUUCCCAUAGGAAAGUAUUAUUCAAGGACACAAACCUCAUUUGAAAGAGCACUCCUCCUCUGAUUGGCCACCUGCGGCCUGCAGCAACCAAUCAGUGCCUGUUCGUGUCAACCUAUUAGGAGAAUGGCGCAAACCCAGUUUGAAUGGGCGCGCCCUCUUCCAUUGGUUGAAACGGACUUCCAUGUGGCCAGCGGGACCCCUGUGGCUGUGUAACUGACUCACAGCUCCAGGGAUGCCACUGGGGCUCGCGACUUCCACUCAGGUAGCACCAGAGAGAGCAAUGGCUUGGGCAGCUACAAACCCGGCCUCGUAGCUCCUGGGCAGGGGGGUUGAACAGUGAUUAUAGCUACAUAAGGAGCAGGUAGGGCGAUACCCGACACGGUGACCUAAAACAGUGUGAGCAGGCUGGUUCGGGAAACGAAUACCGUCCCUGGUUGGCGUUCAGUUAUGCAAACCGCCGGCCUCCCAGGGGAAGAUUACGCCGCUUGUUUCCCUUCCGGUUUGUGGUUUUCAUACCUUGUUACGAGGUGUGAACGUUCUAUACUAACAUUCUAAUUGAGGUAUCGGGGUGGUCCCCAUUUGGGAGACUAGCAGACACUGUUCGUAUGAGCUCUCCUGAACGGGAAGCAAGUAAAACACACAAAUACAUCACAAUUUCACGGGGAAACACAGAAUGCAAAGGAAAAUCAUGGGAAUAAGCUUUGGGAACACAAAAUACAAGGGCAAAAUAUAUGAAUAUUCAAUAGGCAGUGGCCCACCACAGUAAACUUCUAUGAGACUAAGAUUGAGGGAGAAAUACAGAUAAUCGAGACCGGUAAAAGGCAUGGAAAUUGACAAAGGGAGAAACUAAACAAGUGAUAGGGACUGAAGAAGGAUAUUUAAGGUAGAUAUACGAUUACUGUUCUUUUAGCCUAGCGUUGUAUAAAUAUGUACCCCAGUCUUGCCUCAAGGACCAAUUUUCUUGGCUAUUUAUGACAAAUAUUUUAUAUUUGACGUUGCAAAUCUUCCACCAUAAUCAAGUAACAUCACUUUAAGUUUCCAGAUCUAUUUUCAUUUACCCUUUCCUCAUCCAGCUGCACCAGAGAAAUUACUUCUCAUUUAGCCUUAUACAAUCCCCUUGUCAUUUCUUCACAGAUUCCAAUUUGGUGAAUACAUCAUUCUGCGUUUUAAGUGAACUAUUUUGACAGAUAGAAGUUGAUUUGUUUUUUUCCUGUCUCUAUUCGUAGGUGGGGCUGGGUGAGAGAGCAGGAGACAGUGAUGCUCCGUCUGACACCCCUCCAACAGUGCGGGAACUCCAGCGUGGGUAUUCUGAUAAAAGACUGCUCAGAUAUGGUAUCCCAAUACGCGUUUUGUAUUACACAAAAUGGUGAGUUUACUAAAAUCCCUGAGACACAAGUGUCUGUUUUGUUUGCACCUUAUUACAUUGUUCAAAAGAAUCAUAACUCUGUUUUGCAAGUCUUCCGUUAGAAUAUAAAUUCCAUGUUUAGUGGCACUGUUACUUGCGAGGGGUCAUAUUUUCUGAACUUCCCCCUUUCCCAGAGGGUGAUAUGCCUGCUGGAACUGCUGUGGCCAGGAGGCGAUGGUAAAGGGAGGGAUUCCUCCAUUAAAGGGACACUAGGCAGCAGAACCUCUACAUCUUAAUGUAGUGGUUCUUGGGCAUGUUGCAUAUCCCUGCAGGGUCAGCAGUGUUUACACAGCUGCCUAAUGCAACUUCUAGAGGGACUUCCUGGUUUUGGUCCUGCAAAGAUUGCAGGAGCGAUGUUUAGGGGCUCCAUGCUCUGCAUGUAAACACUGAGUGCUAUCCAUAAAAAUGCAGUGAAUCAAUCUUAGGAGGGGCAGCAGCAUGAAGACCGCGGCAAUGGGGCCCAUAUGGAAGGUAAAUAGUCUUUUUUUAAUGCACGCGGAAAGAGCAAGUCAAUAGUCUAUAGCGCUGGGAGUACAUGUUUGAAUUCCUAGCGGUAUAUAUUUCCUUUAAGCUCUUCCUUGUGUGAUCCCAUAAUUUUCCUGGGGGCUGAUGAAACUUGCAAGCCAAUGACUACUUUCAUACCUUGGUCCCUCACUUGUUUUUGAAUUACAUGUCCCAUGAUGCUUAGCCAACACUCAGACUCACUGAGUAUUGUGGGAAAUGUUGUUUUAAAAAAAUUGGAGUGAUAUAGUUAGACAUCACUACGCUGGGAGAAUAGCAUGAUCGAAAAGAGGACUAAACGAGAAAAUUAAUAAUCAUACAAAAAAUCCAUUUAAAAAACGACUUAAUCCCAGGACGGAUAAAACAGGGCAGAAGACUAGUAAUCUGUGACAAAUUAAAGUGACUCUAUUACUUACAAUUAUAUGUAAAAAAAAAAAAAAACAGGGAAACACUCAAAGCACUAUAACCACUGCAGCAUGCUCCCACCCCUGUCCCAGUGUAAUUCGUUAAACCAUGUGAUAAUGGUUUCACUUCUAAUGUGAGGUCCACCAGAUACCCAUUACUUGCUCCAUAUCGACCGAAAAUCUCCUGUGUAGAGCUCCCGUUAGUUCUCCUGAGCUAAUCUUGCUGGUUCAGCUGAUUGGCUGAAAGUGUCAGCUGAUCUCUCUAUACAAUGAGCUAAGCCCUGCACCGCAAGGCUAAGUUCAAUAUAGAGAUCUUCCGGCUCUCAUACAGUUUGAGACCGGCAGCCAGCAGAGCCAAGGUAAGUUGUCAAAAUGUGAUCAAACCGUGCUGGAGUGCUUAUGGUGCUUGCUUGUAGUUUUCCUUUAAAUUAUAAAUAAUUGUAACUUCUAAAGUUCUAUCCAUAAUGAGACAACUAAUCGUGUGCCCUCAAGUGGGAGUUCACGUGCGUCCGGUGUUGGAGCUCCACUAAGAAUAUACGACUAUGAAAAGGAGGCUUGGAAUGCGAUGUACUCCUGGAAAUAGAGGAGAUUGCUGACACCUGAGUCCAACUAUCCAGCUGAUGAAGUCAAAGGGCAAACGCGUUCUGGACUGGACUACUAUAUACAUAUAAAUUUAAUUUUAAAUAGAAUUUUUACUGUUUUAUGUGGAAUAGAUUUUUUGGUGCAUUAGCUCUUAAAUGUGUGAGUGUCCCUUUGUGAUUUUUAUACAUAAUUAUUGUUAAAAAAAGGUUUUACACUAUCACGUUUUUAUCUCUCCUACUCUGAGGACAUUGGGAGAUUUGAAAAAAAAACAAAAAACCUUACACUAUAAAAUAUUUUCAUAUUCACCAGAUCAGUUAAAUAAGCGCUCCACUAUAUAUAUAUAUAUAUAUAUAUAUAUAUAUAUAUAUAUAUAUAUUUUAAUCACGUGCCCUGUUUGAUCCUUUGGGCUCAAGUAAUUUAAAAUAUAUGUUUUUUGUAAGAUUAUAAUAUUUCUCUCUUAGCCCCGUUUUGAGGGCUGCAGUGGUUAUGGGGCUCGGGGUUGUACAUCAAAAGUGAAAAUCAGGUGAAAAAUAGAUAAAGGAAAUACGAUUUCAGGUUGUAGGGCCGAAGCUCGCAGGUACAAAUGCUCAGGUGAAUUCCAAGGUCUGGUUAGGGCCUCUUACUUUUCUUAAGGCAAAUACCUGCAUGUCUUUACGAAUUUUAAUGAGCAAAUAGUGUUCAACUUUCAGUGAGCAAUGUAGCAAGGAAAAUAAAAUCUCUUGCUAAAACAAUUACUCUGUAAAGGCAGGAUUUUUUUUUCAUUUUCUGAGUUUAGAUUGCAUUUUGCCAGUUGUUUGGUAACCUGUCACGGGGGCUGUAUUAACACCUUGCUGUGUAUGAUGUUAUUACAUGAAGUGGAGCACUUUGAUCCAUGCAUUAACUUGACAGAAGCAUGGUUGGGGGUGGUUAACAGUUUGGUAAAAGAGGUUCUAAACAUGCACAUGAUCAUCUAUCAGUUUGCACAGGUCUCUGCUCCAUAACUUGCUGUUUAUUGAAUAGGUCCCACAAUAGCAAUCAUCACUGGCACCUUAUUGUAAAGUAAUUGAGGUAUUCAGUCAUUAUAUUGUGUAUUUAUGGAAUCUUGUCUUAGGGAUCAAAGGGUUGGAUUACAGUAGAUAUCCACACAUAUACCUGUAUAUCUCAUGCACAGAGAGAUUGAAACACUCUCCAUAUUGUUGUGUGAGGCAGGGCCGUAUUAAAACAAUGGGGGAUCGCCAGAAUAUUCUUACAGAUUCAGCCCAGACGGGGAUAUCAAUGUUCUUUCUCUCUUUUUUGUUCUUCUAUCCACCAGUCAUUUAGCGUCCUCUCUCCACCUCCAUCUCCUCCUUCUAGAGUAACUGGAUAUUGGUGUCCACUGGAACAAGUGACCUUAUAUUAGGGUAUCGCAUGCUAUGUGUUUAAAUGGUCUGUUUUUAUAACUGAAUUAUAUACAAGGGACUUGCCUGGUUAACCUAUAUUGUUAGGAGUCUGUUCAUGUGGCUUAAUCACAGCCAUCACUAAGAGGUGCGGACCACACUGAUUGACACCAUCGGGGGGGGGGGUAAAACCAACAGGGCUGGUGCUACUUUAAUGUAACACAGGCGGUUGCCUAUGUAGAGCUUCAGCACUUGUGAGCUUCAGCACUAUCACUUAUAGUAUUGGAGUGUUGCUAUGUUAACACGCAACAACACUCUGACACUAUCAGUGAGCUAGCCGAAGGUGCAGGCCAGAAAAUCUUAUAUGGUCUGAUAAGGUCCACCAGGGAAAAGUGACACCAUGAGUCCCCGCAUCCCCGCACUGGUUGACAUUAACCCUGAUGCUCCUCAAUUAUUCUCCAGCCUUUUUCUUUGCUGCGUUUUCUGCAUAAUGCCAGUUGUUUGGUAAUUUUAUUUUUAUUUUUUAACCAAUAGGCACCAGUUGUCUGUCUCUCUCACACAUCUAUAAAACCAACGCAUAUAUAUGCAUUUUUGGAAGUCUAAAUUAAUUUUGUCAUGUUAUUUUCCUCCCAUGCAUUCAGGAACGUCCAAUGUGCUGUACGAUAUUUUCCUUGGACCCCUAAGCUCGUCUUAUGACAACGCAAGCAUUAUUUGCUUACUAAAUGGUAGUCACAUUGCUACGCAGGCGGAGAUCGAAACAAGUAUCCACAGAUUAACAUAUAAUAAGUAAGGGACAACUUUUCAUUUCUAAGUCUGCGUAUUGUAUUAAUUGUACAUAAAUCUAUUACCUGUUUCUUUUCCAAAUUUUAAUCAUAAAAAUAAUAGUAAUGAUUUAAAAAGCCUGUGUUUCUUCUUAUAUGAUUCUUUAUCAUGGCUCCUUUUUUAUUUAUUUUCCAAAAUGUAUUUAUUUUUUAGAAUUUUUUUUUAAUAUCUUUUUUUUUUUAACUUAGUACGAGAACAAUCUAAAAAGAAAAAAAAGCAUAUAUUGGUAUAGUAAUUGCAUUGUGGGAGAUAGUGGUACAUAUGAAGAUGGCACUUGUAGUAACAGAAUGCAGAUAAAUGAGAAAAUGUUCAUUGAAGAGAUACUCAGAGUGGGCAUAACUAACGAUAAACAUUAAAGGACCACUAUAGGCACCCGCACCACCUUAGGUCCCUUAGUUUCAACCCUCCAGCUGAAAACAUAGCAGUUUCACAGAAAUUGCUAUGUUUACAUUACAGGGUCAAUCCAGCCUUUAGUGGAUGUCUCCCUAACAGCCACUAGAGGCCGCUUUCGUGAUUCUCACUGUGAAAAUCACACUGAGAUGAUGCUGGACGUCCUCACGGAGUCCAGCGUCAAAUAAGAUCCCCAUUGGAAAGCACUGAGUAAUGCUUUCCUAUUGGCAGGUUUGAAUGUGCGCACGCCUCUGCCGUGCAUGCGCAUUCGGCUCCACUCGGGAGCUGACGUCAAACAUCAAGUCUCCAUAAAGAGAUGUGAGUUUCUGACCAAGCACCAUUAUGAAUCAUCAGAGACUUUUCGUUAAAAAGUCAUUUAUCAGCCUGACCUUGUGGAUGGUUUUUUUUUCUUUUUUUUGUGCUUAGGAUCCAUUAGGAUAUUGUAAAAGACACAAUAGCAAAGAGUCUGUCCAAUAUUCUUGGUUGGUCUGUUCAUACUAGGUGCUAUACUAUGUAUACUAGGGGUAGGCAUCCUUCGACACUCCAGAUAUUGUGGACUUCAUCUACCAUCAUGCUCUUACAGCCAUAAUCCUGGCAAAGCAUCAGGGUAUGGUCCACAAUAUCUGCAGUGUCGAAGGUUGUAUACAUUUGAUAUGUACGUAUAUGUACAUACUACUACAUAUACUAUACAUACUAUCUAUAACUACCCAUGUUUUGCAUUAUAUAUAUUUAUUGAACCCCUGACCAGUUUGCUCAAUUUUCUGUUUCUAUUAGACCUGCUUGGUACAACUGGGGAGUUGGUACCCUCGCAGGAAAUGGGACAUUUAUAGGUCAACCAUGUCAAGAUCCAACGAGAAGAGCAUCUGCCUACUGCUACAAGUCAAGUAAGUGCCUCGACUUAAUACAGUUUUACUAGUAUGACAAAAAUGUAUUUCUUUUGCCCGCCAUUUACCCACUCCUGGCUAAAUCACCAGUAAUAAGUUGCCAUCGGCCUGUCUGUACAGUAUCGCAAUAUACAUUUUAUAUACACAUUCCCACUUGAUGUGGUAUAAAUCAGUAAUCAGAGGUAUAUUAUAUUAUUCUAUUUCAGUUUUAUUUUCUCUUGCUGCUCAUAUCCUUGAAGGGACACUAUAGUCACCAGAACAACUACAGCUUAUUGAAUUUGUUCUGGUGACUAUAAACAUUACCUUCAGACUUUUUGCUGUAAACACUGUCUUUUCAGAGAAAAUGCAGUGUUUACAUUACAGCCUAGGGAUAACUUCACUGGCCACUCCUCAGAUAGCUGUUAGAGAUCCUUCUUGGGUCAUGGCUGCCUAAAAUGCAUCCAAACAUUCAGGGUCUCCUGACUGCUGAGAGGCAUACACAGGCAAGUGAGCACUAUACUGUAAAACGAAGUCUAAAAAAUCACAAGUCUAAAAACAUCACAAGAAAUUGGGAGACACUGCUUUGCGUAAAAAAAUUAAAUUGUAAACAUGAAUAUCACCUCCAUAAAGUGUCACCUCCAUGGAGUAUUUUAAAAAUAUUUUUAAUUUUGUAGAGCUUUUACUAACUCCAGCAAGGAAUUAAAAUUUAAAGAGGGAGAAAUUCUUAUUUUUUAUUAUUGUUACAGCCCUUAUUAGCCUUAGGAUGGGACAUAAAGUCUUGUUAUUUAAAGAAAAACAUGUGGAAGAAAAAGGAUUAUGUAAGGAAGAGGGACACUUUUUUUUUUUUUUUAACCCAGUUUAUUUAGAACCCAUUUGCCUUCAGCCUAUGAGCUUAAUAUUUUCAGGGAGCAGAUAUAAGCUUCUCACUGAUGCAGCAUGCACACUUGUUCAGUAAUUUACUCGGCAAUGAUAGCUUAUGAGAGCUGGGGCAGUUUUGGCCAGCGCCCACUUCCAAAUCUAGCCAUCUAAAGUUGGACAGAUUUUAAUGGAUUUUGCAGAAACUACCCUUACACAUAUAUUGAGUGACAGGCAAUUAACCAGGAUUUGGGUGCCCCUCCCCCAAUUCUUUUUUAAUUUUUAUAUAAUGUUAAACCACCCACAUUUAUAGUGGCAUAAAAACAAGGUUGCAUGUCAGCAGCUUGAACAGCCAAUCGGAAUUUGGAAUCCUAAAUUUCUACAGUCCAGGGAAAGGUAUGAACUAGAAUGAUUUUAUUGUAAUUAUUUAAAACACUCAACACAAAAAUAUCUGUAACUUUACAAAGUAUAUUUCCAAGUGCAUCAUUUAUUGUCCAUUACAUAAUUAAUAUGCUUAUAACUGCUUACAAAUAAUUAUGUUUUUCUUUUUGUUUUUGUUUUUAUCUCUCGUUUGUCCCCCUUUCUGGAACCAGAACCCACCGGCAAAGGUAAUUAAAUGAGAAACACCUUAAUCAGCCAAUAGCAUCACAAAGACUUGGGGGUAUUUUCUGUAGUAGAGGAAUGACUAUGAGGCCCACAAAAAUUUGGUGAUCUACCCAACUACAGAUAUCAUUGUGAGGUCACAUCCCACUUUUCAUGUAGGACGUUGAGUGUAGUUGUAGAACUCAUACAUGUUCUUGCUGAAGCCAGGAUCUCUGUCUAUUGUCCUGGAGAAUUGAAUGCAGUAGCGUAGGUGUACCCAAAAGAUAGAUCCCCAGAUGUUUUGAAACUAUAACUUCCAUGAUGCUUUGUAAUCCUAAAAGCAUGCAAAGCAUCAUGGAGAUCUGGGGAUCUACCUAUUGGACAGCCCUGCAGUGUAGAGUAUAGAGUAGAUUAGAGCUUGCUAGGAUUUAACUUCAUAACUUUGUGUCCUGAGCCGCACAUUGCAUGCAGUGCCAGACCACAAUGGGGCAUAGAUUUACAUUCACUUGUGAUAAAACAAGUGGGGGGGUGCAAUAUACAGAUAAAAAGCAUAAAACGUAUAUACUUAUUAAUAAAUGUUUCUUGGGCUUAAUCUGAAAAAUAUAAAAGUCCAUACAUAGUGUAAUACUGUAAAAUACAGAAGAGAUGUAAACAGAGGUAUUGGGUCACUCACAGUAGAUAGAGCCUAGAAAGCAGGCUCUAACUUGAUCGCAUGUGGAAAAUAAGCUUUUCCAAGCUAUACAGAAUGGCCCCACGAUCCUCCUAUGGAUACUGGUAUCUGGCUCCAGAUGCAGGAAAGAUGGAUGGUAGACCAAAAUUUUAAAGCUUUAAAAAAGUAUUUACUUCAAAUAAAAUAACAAUGUAAUAAAAUAUAAUAUAAAAAGUAAUAUAAUGAACACAACGCGUUUCGACAAACUGUCUUUUUCAAGUGCAUAACAAAAUCUUCAUCCGGCGUUCCUUUUAAGUCUGUAUUUCCGGAAAUUCGAUUCUCCCGCCGGAAUCUUCUUCCGGUAUGACGUCAUGACGCACGUUCCGUCGUUGCGUCAUGAUGCACGUAUCGUCAUUACGUCACUUCCUGUAGGUCCACUUGGCGAACCGGAAGUGACACACAGAACUCCAUUUCGUUUGAGGGCACUCUAUUAUAUUAUAAAACAACUAAUAACUUUACACAUAUAUAUAUAUAUAUAUAUAGAAUAUAUCAAACAAGUAUAACUUAGUAUAAUAAUAACAAACAGUCCCUAUUAAUACAAAUGUUAAUCAUAUUACACAAAAUAUAUAAUAAUAAAAAACAUAAUAAAAUCAUUUUGUAUAAAUGAUAAUGUGCAAGCAAUAUAUAACUGUAUAUAUGGACACAUUAAAACAUAUAUCGUUUUAAAAAAAGGAAAUAAUAACAGAUACAUCUAGAAAUGUAAAAAGGAGAGAGAAAAAACAGUAUUAAAAUUAAUAUAUUUCUCAUAUAAGAGCUUUCAUUUCAAAAUCCACAUUGAGACCGCUGGGAGACAAGGUGUCCAGAUUGAAAAUCCACCUCAUCUCACAGUGGUUCAAGGCUGAUUCCAUAUGUCCACCCCUCCAAUGAGGUCUAAUUUGUUGAAUACCAUAAAAUUUAAGUCCUGUGGGGUCUCCUCCAUGGCUUUUCAAAAAAUGUAAGGAAACAUUAUGUUUCAGGAAACCUAUUUUAAUAUUAUAUAUAUAUGUUCUCGUAUUCUUGUUUUUAGUGUCCUUGAAGUCCUCCCAACAUAUUGGAACCCACAAGGGCAUACGAGAACAUAUAUUAUAUUUUUAGAAUGACACGUAAUAAAGGAAUCUAUUUUAUAGUUAUACGAACCUACUCGUGAUUUAAAGCUGUCUAAUUUUUUGGGUUUAUUUUUAUAUAUCUUACAUCCCAUACAGUCAUCGAAAUAAUGAAAACCUUUAUUAUUAUCCCUAUAGAUACCUAAAAAGUUAUUAUUAUUUCUAGGUUUAUCUAGAUAACUGGAUGUCAGAAUUUGCCUAAGAUUUUUCGCUCCCCUAAAGACAAUUUUAGGUUUGUUCUCAAUAUAUUGUAGAAUCUCCGUGUCUUGUUGUAAGAUAUGCCAAUUUUUAUUGAGAACUUUUUUAAGUGCUUUAUGUUCUUCACUAUAAUUGAAGAUCAUUGGAAUAUUGUCAUCCUUUCUAUCGGUUAUUAUUAUACUAAGUUAUACUUGUUUGAUAUAUUCUAUAUAUAUAUAUGUGUAAAGUUAUUAGUUGUUUUAUAAUAUAAUAGAGUGCCCUCAAACGAAAUGGAGUUCUGUGUGUCACUUCCGGUUCGCCGAGUGGACCUACAGGAGGUGACGUAAUGACGAUACGUGCGUCAUGACGCAACGACGGAACGUGCGUCAUGACGUCAUACCGGAAGAAGAUUCCAGUGGGAGAAUCGAAUUUCCGGAAAUACAGACUUAAAAGGAACGCCGGAUAAAGAUUUUGUUAUGCACUUGAAAAAGACAGUUUGUCGAAACGCGUUGUGUUCAUUAUAUUACUUUUUAUAUUAUAUUUUAUUAUAUUGUUAUUUUAUUUGAAGUAAAUAUUUUUUUAAAGCUUUAAAAUUUUGGUCUACCAUCCAUCUUUCCUGCAUCUGGAGCCAGAUACCAGUAUCCAUAGGAGGAUCGUGGGGCCAUUCUGUAUAGCUUGGAAAAGCUGAUUUUCCACAUGCGAUCAAUUUAGAGCCUGCUUUCUAGGCUCUAUCUACUGUGAGUGACCCAAUACCUCUGUUUACAUCUCUUCUGUAUUUUACAGUAUUACACUAUGUAUGGACUUUUAUAUUUUUCAGAUUAAGCCCAAGAAACAUUUAUUAAUAAGUAUAUACGUUUUAUGCUUUUUAUCUGUAUAUUGCACCCCCCACUUUGUUAUUUUGUUUUAUCACUAUUUGGUAGUGUCUUUGAGUGAUUUGUAGACACUGGGUGUAGUUGCUGUUCUGUGUCUUAGCGCCAAUCCACCUGCACCUAUUCCUUCCUUUUUUAGGUGGAAUUUUGUUCUUUGUCUAUAUUUACAUUCACUUGUGAUUUGGGGACUUGAGGUUUACAUUGUAUGAAUAUGGGGGUCACCACACGUUUAAAGGGCUAUUUGUAGGAUGCUCUCACAACAAACGUGCAAACCAGAGGAACAAUUUUAUCAGUUUAGGUUCACUCUAAAUUCUUUUUACACAGAUUGCACGUCUACGCUUAUUUCAUCUAUAGUCGCCUCGUCGUGCUCUUCCACACUGUUUACCGGUAUAUUAGUGAACAGGUAAGCAGUCUAGUUUAAGUAAAUGACAACAUUUUGCUUGUAUUUGAAGUCACAGCGAUCUUGUACGAACCCUGAUGUAUUUUAGUAAAUAUGCAUUUCCAAUUGAGUGUGGUUUGGUAGAUGGUUAGAAAUUCACUCAAUAUUUUUUUAAAUCCACUUGGAACUCAUUUGUAUCGAAUGCUGGUUAACUUUGAAAAUGGGUGGUGUGUAUGUGAAGACAAGUAGUAAUACAAUGAAAAUUUAAUUCUGAUUGUGAUUGAUGUUGGGUUGGAUUGGUUAAAGCGACUUGAAAUUCUCUCUUUGGCCUUUCUUUUAGGAAAAAGUUGGUAUCGCUUUUCAAGAAAAAAAAACCAGCAGACACUACAGAUGCAGCUUCCACCAGUGAAUCUACAACAACCACGCAGUCCACCACACCUACCUACCAAGCCACCAGUGAGCAGAAAGACCUAGAGAACAUCAUAGCAUCAACACAGUACACCUACACUCAGAAUAAAUCUGAUGCGGUAGUUGAGAAACGUGGCCAAGUCGUCUACAUCGAGAAGAAGGUCUACAAAUCUCACGUCUACAAAAACCAGACCCUUAAUGGUGAGAACGAAUGAGGAGCAAAGAACAACAAUAAAAUGGACUCUAAUGAAGAACACCUAGACAGCAACACAAGACUGGUCACUGGCGACAGCAAUCCUUUGGAUUUCGGCGAGCACUUGUAUCCCACUUUGAGUGUUGAAAAGGAACAUCAGCCUUUCCGUGGGUUGGAUCCAUAUACGAUCCUACAUUAAAGUCAAAGGAAUCAUUACUUUAAAUAAUAAGUUAAUAGAAAAUGUAGGCUCCGUAAAUGAAACUUAAAAAAGUAAAGCUUGGGGGGAAAAAACAAAUGAGCCGUCUGUUAAAAAUAAUCUACCUGACUCUACGUUAAAGUGUUAUUUAAAUAUGUGUACACUUUCUCUUUUCAACACUUUAAUAAAAAAUACAUUUAAUGAAUGAUAAGAUGUUGUUUU